UCACAGGGCCAUUAUGCAGUACGAACGGCAGUCCAGGCUCUCAAAGGACUGACAAGCCAUGGACUAAAGGUCAGAGGGCAUAACCUUGUGUGGUCCAUUGACCAGUAUGUGCCGAGUUACGUCAGGAACCAGACCGGAAGCCAGCUGCGCGACACGGUGCGCAAACACAUCCAGUGGACUUGUCAGCUCACCAGCGGGCUGGUGGAACACUGGGAUGUAAACAACGAGAAUCUGCACGGAUACUGGUUUCAAAAGCAACUCCAUGACAUCAACUACAAUCUUGAAAUAUUCCGUGAAGCUCACGCUGCUGACCCCCACGUCCUCCUCUUCCUCAACGACUACGGUGUUGUGGGUUCUGGCGCAUCAACAGGGGCAUACCUGGCGCAGGCACGUAAAUUUAAGGCAGCCAAUGUCAACCUGUACGGUCUCGGAGUCCAAUCCCACAUACCGGGGGGAACGGAACCCUCUCCCACGAUGAUGAAGUACCGCCUGGACACUCUGGCUCAAGCAGGUCUGCCCAUCUGGGCCACGGAGCUGACGGUGGAGAUCGCUGAUGAACAUCUGAGGGCAGACUACUAUGAGCGAGCACUGCGAGCCCUGUACGGCCACGAGGCGGUGGAGGGCAUCUUGUUCUGGGGCUUCUGGGACCAGGCUCAUUACGCCGGCGAGAAGGCCGCUCUGGUCAGAGGCAAUAAUCUGGAUUUGACGGAGGCUGGGCGGCGUGUGCUGGACCUGCUGGAGAACCAGUGGAUGACUCACGAGUCUCAUACCCUGUCGACAGCCAAUCAACAGUUUGCUGUGCGCGGUUUUCAUGGUGAUUACCAAAUCUCUGUCUUCUACCAGAACCGCGAGCUGACGGCCCUCAGGCAGACCUUCUCACUGGGCAGGACGGCGCACCCUGUCACCAUCAGCGUCCACACAUAGACAUUUCUUUCAUGUCCACAGACAACAGUCAUCAGCAUGGGGCUAGCAAACCCUUUGUUUAAACAUUGUCCUUCAUUAACAAAACGAAUUUGUAGAUCACCCACAAUAAUAAAGUGUAUU